UUUUGAACAUGGCCUUCCUUACCCAAAAAAGAAAGAAAAAGGAAAAAGAAACGAACUCUCACCGCCGCGCAUAAAACAGAGUGGCAGAGCGGGUAGCAAUGCAUAUAGCCGUUGUACGAAGUUCUAAGCACAAGGCGUAGCUCAAAAGCGCGCUCAUGGAGAAGCUGAAAUCUCUGGUUCCAGAAACCCUAAAGCGAAUGAUCGGAGAGAGCUCUGCUGACGAUCUUCCUCGCACAUGUUCUUCUCUCGUCGAUUUUCUUCUUCAUUUCGAGCCCUUUCACCAAAUGGUGAGGGACUUGGCGGACCCUGAAGUGGCUCUGUGUGGCAAGAACAAAGAAGCUGCUUUGGAGUCAAAGCAAAAGGGGAAUAAGUGCUUCUUGAGUGGUGAUUAUCCUAAUGCUUUGGAUUUAUAUACUCAGGCAUUGAUAGUUGCUCCUAUGGAUGCACAUGAAGACAGAAACUUGGUUGCUACUUUGUAUGUGAAUCGGGCUUCUGUAUUGCAUAAAAUGGGUCUUCUAAGGGAGUGUUUCCGAGACUGCAAUCGGGCGCUUCAGAUUUCUUCAAACUAUGCAAAGGCAUGGUACAGAAGAGGUAAGGCAAAUGCUUCUAUGGGAAAUUAUAAGGAUACUAUCCGUGACUUGGAUGUUGCUAAGAUUCUGGAGUUGACAAUGGGUGGAAAGAGACAGAUAGAAAGUGAGAUGAAGAUAAUUUUGGAUCAACAGAAUAGUACAUCAAAUCCAUCAAUACAACAGUAUGAGAGUACCUCAGAUAUUUUGGAUGAACCGCACCCAACAGGAUUACGAUGUGUCGCCACACCAGAGAAAGGAAGGGGUAUGGCUUCAACAGGUGACCUUCCUCAAGCGUCCUUGGUACAUACCGAAGACCCUUUUUCGAUGAUAAUAUUAAAGCCUUGUCGGGAAACUCAUUGCCACUACUGCUUAAAUGAGCUACCAGCGGAUAAAGUCCCAUGUACAUCAUGUUCAAUACCAUUGUAUUGCUCCCAGAAAUGCCGUAUACGAGCAGGAGGAAAAAUGUCCUGGGAUUACCCAAACAAUCAAAGGAUUCAUGAAAAUUUAUCAGCUGAUCUUGAAAAGUACAUUGCAGAGACCAUUUUAAAUGUUGAUUCUGAAACAGAUACUGAGCACAUUCCUGAACAUAAACAUGAAUGUAAAGGUGUACACUGGCCAGCAGUAUUGCCUUCUGAGAUAGUUUUGGCUGGUCGUGUGCUAGUAAAGUCUAUAAUCAAAAGAAGAGGUUCUGCGGAUAUUUUUAAUCUCAGAGAAAUUUUGGAUCUUUCUCACCAUUACUCAAAAAUGCCUCCAGAAAGAAAAUUGGAAUUACAUAUAUAUUCAGCUGUAUUAUCAUAUUGUCUUCAAUAUUCCGAUGAUUUUGAAUUACCAAUAAAUGGGUUCUCUAUUUCACAGAUUGUCAUACUUAUAUCCCAAAUUAGGGUGAACUCUAUGACUGUUGUUCGUAUGAAAUCCAUUGAUCAGCAUGGGUUAGAAGAUAUUGGAAAGUUUUCAUCGUUGGGUGGAGGUCUAACUAGUAAUGUGGAACAGGUUAGAGUAGGUCAAGCUAUCUAUACAUCUGGAAGUCUAUUCAAUCAUUCUUGUCAGCCAAACAUCCAUGCAUAUUUCCUUUCACGUACUCUCUUUAUAAGAACGACAGAAUAUGUCGCAGCAGGGGUACCCCUGGAGCUUUCCUAUGGUCCACAGGUUGGGCAGUGGGACUGUAAGGACCGAGUCAAGUUUCUGGAAGAUGAAUACUCAUUUCGUUGUCAGUGCAGUGGGUGUUUAAAAGUAAACUUCUCUGACCUGGUCCUAAAUGCUUUUCACUGUGUCAAACCGAAUUGUUCUGGCAUAGUCUUGCAGAGCUCUGUUGUUGACUGUGAAAAGGAGAAACUUAAACGCUUACCCAACAUCAUCACCGCUGGCAACAUGGAGCCUCAUCUUCAGGCUGAAGAGUUCAUCAAUAUUGAUGACAUCGAUAGAGUGGCUCAUCAUCAUAUGCAAAUCAAUAGCCUUUUUCAUAUAAAUCCAGGCCUCUGUUUAAAAUGUUGUUCUUAUCAUGAUCUGGAAUCUUCCUCCGCAGCUGCAAAUAAAGCAUGGAUUAUUAUCAGAAGAUUACAGGAUGCAAUAGUCUCAAAAGAUGUAUCUAGCACCAUACUGGUGGAUGCAUUAAGUUCUCUUGGUGUGCUGAGAUCAACUUUCCAUGCAUAUAAUAGGAGCAUUGCAGAAGCGGAAGACAAUCUUGCACAGGUGUUUUGUUUCGUUGGAGAGUUGCAACCUGCAAUGGAACACUGUAAAGCCUCAAUCGAGAUCCUGGAGAAGCUCUAUAAUCCCAAUCACAUUGUCAUUGGAUAUGAACUUGUGAAGCUCUCGUCUAUUCAGUUAUCCUUGGGUGACUGUGCUGCCGUGGACAGCAUAAACCGACUUUGUGAUAUAUUUUCGUGUUAUUACGGAUCUCAUACAUACAAGAUUUUCCCAUACCUUCAAUUCCUUAAGAGGAGAGAGAAGCAGACCUCUUCCUUGAAGCACCAACAAAAAUGAUCGUCUGGCAAGUUUUUGGACUCGUUGCCCACCCAAAUACUGUUGAGAAUGUUAAAUGUAAAUAUAACCUGAUCAGUUUGCGGGAGCGCAAUUACAAUUUGAGUCUCCACAUCUUUGAACAUUGAUGCAUGAAUUGGCAUAUUUCAUGGA